GAGGCACUCGCAGCCUUUGCAACUCUCGGAUUUAAAGCGCACUCGCACUCGUCUGCUGCGCAGCGCCGGGCGACGCCGCUGUGCAGAAAUCAGCAAUAACUACACGAGGAGGUCCGUGCAGGAACGGCGGGCAUGACAUGUGCAGCCUUUAUUUUUCCGCGUCUGUGAGCAGCUGCAGACACUUUGUUGUGGCUCCAGAGCGACUGGCCAGCUGAAAUGAGAGAGACGCACACACAGGAGAGGGAGGAGAUCACCGAGAUAAGAUAGAAGAGAAAUAAUAAUAAUAAAACAUUUUUUUUUUAAAAAAAAGGACGCGUGUGCAAAUGAAAGCUCUCCUGUAGCCUGGACUUUGAACUAUAUCCUCCACGGAUGGUGGGGGGACUGGUUGUAGAGAUGGAGAUGUGGAGAGUUGUUUCUCCUCCUCAAACACACGCGCUGCUGAUUCCGCUCACGACGGUGGUGAUGAUGAUGUUUGUGUAGGAGUGUUUUUAUUUAUUUAUUUUUGGUCAGCCAGUCCCUAUACUGUGUUGAAACAACUCCAGUUCCAAGAGGUGGAUGGAACUGUGUGUGUAUGUGUGGUGGAUACUCCAAUCCUCACCAAAGCUGCUGUCAUUGUCGGAGCUCGUGUGAUCGCGUGUGGAGUGGGUUGGUGUUUGUUUUUUUGUCUCUCCCUCUGCAAAUAUGGAAUGGCACGGGAAAUGUUUGGAGGAAGAAGUCUAGAAACGAAGAUCAAUGAGGAAAAUCUGAUAAAGGACGCGUUUUCUGUUUGUUUUGCUGUGAAUUAACGACCGAAUCAGUUUAUUCUGAUCCGAUUGCAUCAAAUUACUCCUCAUUCUACUUUUUUUUAGUGGACUUUUUUAAUCACACACCCUAUUAUUAAGAGGCUGACAUCCAUCCAUCCAUCCAUCCAUCCAUCCACAAAACCAACAGAGGUCCGAACCUGAGCUCCCAAGAGCCCAACACUUCCUCAGAUGUGACAUGGUGAAUUCCUCUUAUCUCUGAAGGGUGUUGAUGGAGAGCCAUUCGAAUGACAGCCGGGACAGUGGUCAUCACCGGUGGAAUUCUAGCGACAGUGAUAUUACUCCUUAUCAUCGCAGUACUGUGCUACUGUAGGCUGCAGUAUUAUUGCUGUAAGAAGGAAGAGUCAGAGUCGGAGGAGGAGGAGCCAGACUUUGCCGUCACAUCCCGCCUCCCGCCGGUCCACUCCAAUCACAACAUUGUGGCGGCGACGGCCGCCUCCUCCAUCCCAAAUGGCCCCGCCCUCUUCUCCACCCCUCCACUGGCCCGGAAACUGACCCGCUCACAGACCUUCUGUCCGUCAUGUACACACUAUGAGCUGCCUUUCUACCUCCAGCCGCCUCAGCCGCAGAUCCAUCACCAGCCAGAUGGGGGGUUGAGGAAUGGAGGUGAUCGGGUCAGCUACCGCAGUGUCCAGCAGCAGGACCUGGAACUACCUGUGCCUGUGAACAUUUCAAACUAUCGCAAACCCAACCUUGCACGGUCGGUCACCAUGAGGGACAUGUUCACACGCAGCUGUAGCAUCAGUACUGAUGUUUAGCUCGGUGCAGGUUCAUUUAUAAAUGGCAUGGAAAAGGCCUAAGUUGGACUGGACUUGAGUCAGACUUUGUACUUUUUUGGCUUCUUGACCAGUUUAGUCCAGUCUAAUGUUGCUUAAUGUAGUCUAGUCUCAUUCUUCUGGUCGCCUCUUGCAGAGUGGAGGACUCAGAUGGCUCUCAGGAUAGCAUUUUCAAAGGUACUAUGCUCAGGUCCAGGACCUUACACUUAUAUAAUAUGACUUGUUUAGAGGCAAUGUUAAUUUUCAAUAACACAAAAUAGUUUUCAACUGUUUUUUUUUUGUUUUU